CUUCCCCUCAGUGGGCCCCUGCUUUUAAAUGGUUCCUCUAGGCUGUCUUUGCCCUGGUAGGCAGCCUGCUCAUCACUGGCAUUUACGGCUGCCUGCCUGGCUCGAUCACUAAACUUCCACACCAUUGCCGUGAAAUUUAGGUGGCUCUUAAUGAGCAGUUAUCAACCACAUAUGCUGCCACCAACAGGCGCGUAUCUAAGCCCCUACACUGCAGGCAGCAGUCAUGAUCAUCGCACACCCUGCAUCACUCCUUGUUCGCCUAAUCACGUUCAACGUACGGUAUGCCACUGAGCAUCCCAGCCCAAACGAGGAACCGUGGUCAGUCCGUUGUCCGAGGCUCUGCGCACAGCUAAAGUUCAUCGUUUCCGGGCACGACUCGGCAUUCAUCUGUCUCCAGGAAGUCCUACAUUCUCAGCUUACCGAUAUCCAGGCACGGCUGGGGUCUUCGUGGGGACAUAUCGGCCGAGGGCGGGAGGAUGGCAACGAGGCAGGAGAGUACUCUCCCAUCUUCUUCCGGGCAGAUCACUGGGAGUGCGAGCGCAGCAGCACAUACUGGCUUUCCCCAACCCCCGAAGUGCCCUCGAAAGGAUGGGAUGCUGCGUUGGAGCGGAUCGUUACUAUGGGCUACUUCCGCCACAAAGCCACCGGGGCUGCUGUUGUGGUCAUGAGCACACAUCUUGAUCAUAGAGGAGAAGUUGCACGUGAAGAAAGCGCCCGUCUUCUCCUGGAAUUCGCCAGAACCUGGCCCACGGAGCGUGCCCCCGGGGCUUCCCCGCCGGUGCUCCUCGGCGGCGACUUCAACAGCACCCCGACAGAUCGUGCAUACAAGGUGCUGACCGAACCGAGCUCGGGCAUGAGAGAUAUUUCCGGCCUCGUGCCCGAGGAGGCAAUGUAUGGCAACCGGGAGAUAACUUUCACCUCGUUCGGAGAUGCAAACGAAGAGCCGAAACGGAUAGAUUUCCUUUUCGCGUCUGACGCCGGGAACCUUGGUUUCGUGACCUUCGCCAUCCUUCCCAACAGGUUCGAUGACGGAAUUUACCUCUCAGAUCACCGGCCUGUCGUUUCGGAUAUCCGGAUUCCAGCCCAGGUGGCCGCCGCCUGCCAAUGACAACCAAGAAGGCGUUGUGUAACUUUUGGCGCGUGAUAUAGCACCUGCAGAUGGCAACGGCAGCACGAGAAGAGCGGUGUGGGCGUGCAGCGUAAUGGCGGUUUCUGUUGCAUGAACCUCGUCCAUCGUGGGAUUUACUCCCGUGUCGCCUGCUACUAGGAGGGAGGGGAGCCACUUCUUACGAGGCCGAGAGCCGACUUGGCCGUCUUGUAACGGAUGCCAUCGCGAGCUGAAGAUAAUGUUGGGCAAAUCGUGACCGCUAUCUGCGAUCCUGGCCCUCCGAGGGCGUACUCUGUGGUCACAUCGGGCAGCUAGUGAUCAUUGGCGGAUAGUCUCGCAUUCCACCUCUGUUUUCCUCCCCGGCAUGACGCCGGCCUGGGUUGUCACGGGAGUCACUUGGAUCUGACUCGGUUUCCUCGCCGCCGCACAAAAACCAACCUUUAUCCGUCCCUCGGAUCCUUGCAACUGGAUUUUGCAGGCGCAGUGCGUCAGGAUGCGGGGGCGUCUUCACCAGGGCGAUCUGGGGCUAGCUGAACCACCACGAACUCGACGUGACUGUAGAACGGACUCGGCAGCACGGAGAAGCAGGGGGCUGCAAUGGAAGCUCGCAGGCGGAUUCGGUGGUUCGAGCUGACAGCGGCCUAGCCAAAAUCAUCCACGGGAUCAGUCUGCAUCGCUUCGAUACGACCGACCGACGGCGUAUGUAUGAUAUGCAGCUGUUCCCACGGGCCGCAGAUCGACAGCGAUGAACACUUGCUUGCUGUGGACGACCCGUCCAAUUAGCCAC